UCAUUGGUCCAUCUACAUGUGUAUAGUCUGGUAAUUAACGACCAAUGGAAUACAACAGUCCGUGAAUACUUUCCCGUACAGAACGGCAUUCAUCCGCGAUAAAACGGUACAUCAUUAACGUUAUUCUCAUUUUUAGUGAAUGGUGGAGGUCGUUAAUCAGGUGUCAUAAGUUAAUCAAGGUGUUCAAGAGCGAGUAAAUAAUGACGACCGUUGGGAAAGGUCGAGGCUGGAGUAGACAUACCGAGGAACCAGUCCUGAGAAAACCCGGGCCACCCCCAAGACCCAGAGACGAAUUAAUCGAGAGAAUUCGAGGGAUUGACAUCACUGACGUGGCCGCCAUCAAAGAAUCAUCGAGUCCAGCGGCUGAAAUAGUCCCGGACAAGCAGAAUCUGACGAAAAUCACCAAGCUUUAUAAUGAAGCUCUUGAGGACAGGAAUUUUACCCCAAACCUGCUGGCGAUUUUUCAUAAUCCCAGCAAUAAUCUUCCGGCUUUUUUGACACUGCUGCAGCCUGAUUAUGAAAGGCGAGAAGCCUUUUCGAAAAACUCACCCUCUAAAUUCCUAAAUUUUGUAUAUAUAAUGGGAGAGAUUGUCCAACGACCUACUACAUUCCUUCCUGGUCGCAUUAACGAUGUCUUCAUAUCUGCGAUCAUCGAUUUAUGUAAAAUUUUAUUGGAGUCCUCCGAAGAGGACGAAAUCGAAGUUGUCAUGAACCAGAUUUGGCUCAACGGAGAAAGACUGAAUGCAGCUCAACCGAAGGAGCUGUCAGAAUUACUGAGUAAGAUCAAAGGUGUUCUGAUAUCCAGAAACUUGAGCACUCGAUCGAGAGCGAUGCUCCUGUACACAAUCGAAAUUUCGCAUAAUAAUUACUCGACAUCACUAAACUCUGAUCUCGAAAAAUUCUACGAAUCACAUUUGAGCAAGGAGACGAUCGGUGAGUUGAUUGAACGGAGGAAUUUGGCAUCGGUUAUUGAAGCUAGAAAUUUGGAACCAAAAAUUCCGGAGCUCAAAAUUCCGGAAAAACAAUCCCCCCCUCGCUUCAACCUCAAUAAACCCAAAAAACCAGAGGAGAAGGAGCCUCAGAAGCAUCCUCAACCCAACCCAGGCCGUCCCCGAGCCAUCCGAGGUUCUGGAGUCAACGGGAGUCGUGACGAGGAGAAAAAAAAUCCCAAGAAGUCACCCUCUUCCAACUGGUCGGAUGGAAAAAAGGGAUGGGGACAUGAUGACCGUUUCGAGAGAGAUUACUAAGACUCACGAGUGCAUAAUUAAAACUUUCGAAGUUUCGAGUUUUAUCAAGUCUUUGAUAUUAUUUUUGUUUCCAAUCUGAAAAACUGAUUUUUUGUUCAUUGUCAUUUAAACUUGCAUAAUGAAUGAGUAAUCUCAACUUUAAUAAAUUAAUUUUUUAUUCA